CUUUUUGUUGUGAUUUUCCUGCACCGGUGAAAAGUGCACGUUUUUCCCAUUUUCACCGACAUAAACAAAAGCUAUUUAUACCCGAUCGGCCAAACAAGAGAGGCGAACUAAGUGCGGCGGCAGAAUUCUUUGUUUUAAUCAGUGCCGCAGAGGUUUCCCGUUUUUGAAUGCGUGCAGUUCGGCCCGUGGAUGUGGCUAUAUGUAUUAUGUUGGCCAAAAACAAGGCGGCGGCCAAUUAAAACAGCAGCAGCAGAAGAGGAAGCACACGAUUUAUUGGGCAAUUGUGGCCAAGAAUCCGAAAGAGGUCACUUUGCGCUUGUAAACAAUCGGAUGGUUAACCAGGAUCGGAUGUGAUAUGUGGGUUACAGAAACUUAUGUAUCUUUAGUCAUACAAACUAGUUCUACUUAUUUAUGUAGAAAAAGUGGAUAUACUAUGCCAAUUAGAUGAUAAGAUAAGCCCCGAACCCGGAAACAUUGAGACGCCUAUACCACUUGCCAAGAAUUCGGGGGUAAUUGGGGUCAUCGCCUGUAAACAACCGGAUCUGAUUAACUUGUUGCAGUAGAUGCGGCCACAAUUAAUUUACAAAACAAUGGACUGAUGCGAACAGUUGUUAGCCGAUGUCUGCCAAAAAAAAGAGGAAAAAAACAGCAAAAGGAAGGGCGACAUCAGCAGAAACACUACAACAAUUGCCAGAGCAGCAGCAACAAUUGCAAGAAGUGCAGCACAUAUUGCCAGUACAACAGCAGCAACAACGGCAGCAAGUGCCACAAGAACAGCAACAACAGCAGCAUGCCACUGCGGCAGCCCGGCCAUAUCAACAUUUCGGCUAGAAUUGAGCAAUUUGCCAGUGCUGCUGCCGCUGCGUAUACGUAAUAUUAUAAAUAGGCCAUCGCCCAGGCUGCAGGAUGAACAAGCGCACCGUCGUGAUCGUGGGCAUCGUGGCCAGUCUCCUGGGCCUGGCGCUGGGUGCCAACUUCUACUUCAUGUACUACCUGAGCGCCGAGGAGGGCCACCUGGCCAGCGUCCGGGCGCUGGAGAACAUGAUCCGGCACAAGAUGCGCCACCUGAAGCCCAACUACCUCAAUCGCAAUCCGCGCUUCUUCAUGUUCCGCAACAAGCUGCUCAAAAACUACAAGGCGGCGCCGUACGAGAACGCCAGUGUCCUCUGGGACAUUGCCAACUGGUGGCCCCACGAAAAUGAGGUCUAUCCACUGUACGACUCCUCGAUGGGCCAGCUUUUGGAAACAAUGCGCCGCGAACCGAUUACCAGAGUGAGCAAUCUGGCACGCGGCACCCAACUGAAGCUGCUGAUGCGCCUCUCGCAACAACAGAAGGUGAUAUUCAAGCCGCAAUGGUAUCCCAGGGAUGAGGUCAUCGAGGGCAUGGUGUACAGCGGCAAGGAUCGGCACACUGCGGAGGUAUAUGCCUUCUAUCUGGGCGCCGUGCUCGACUUUCGAUGGACGCCCAUCGUGGUGGGUCGAGUGGUUAACUUAAAAAAGGAGAUAUACGCCAAUGGAGAUCAGGAACUGCAGCAAACCAUCAACAUCGAAACGAACGAGGACGGCAAUGAGACAUACUGCCUGUUUGGGAAGUGUCACUACUGCAACGAGGAGGAGACUGUCUGCGGCGAUGAGAAGCACAAUAUCGAAGGUGUGCUUAUAUAUAUUGUUCCGGGAACGAUGGCCAAGCGGCGGUCACCGUGGCAGCGAACCUAUAAAGAGGACAAAAGGGCGCCCUGGGAGGACGACAUGACCUACUGCAAGUCGUUAAAAAAUAAAAUGGAGACAAUUCGCCUGCUGGACCUCAUAGAUGCGGCAAUUUUCGACUAUCUUAUUCAGAACGGGGAUCGACACCACUAUGAGACACGGGAAGAGCGCGUGGUGCUCAUCGACAAUGGCAAGGCCUUUGGCAAUCCGAACAAGGAUCACCUGGAUAUCCUGGCGCCACUAUACCAAUGCUGCCUCCUGCGAAAGUCGACGUGGGACCGCCUGCAGGUCUUCUCCGGCGGCGUGCUGACGGAAAUCAUCGAUCGGCUGUCCAAACAGGAUGCCCUCUAUCCCCUCAUAACGGAUAAGCAUAAAAAAGGGGUGGAGCGACGACUGCUGGUGGUCUAUGCGGUUGUGGAACACUGCAUGGACAUCGAGGGCGACAAAAUGUUCAAAACUCUGUAGUUCAAGCUUGACAUUAAGGCAGAUUGAGCCAGCACUAGAGCUUCAGGAACUCACUUUCCACGUCCUACUUAAGAACUUAGCUAAUGCUAGCUAGAAUUUUAUCUUGUAAUUUUAGUCAAUGUUUCGUCGGUUGUCAAUAUUUCCCCAAAAACCAUAAAACAUCCUUCAGUUAGCGACCCUCGUAACAAAAACUGUCUAGCGCAGGAAUAGUAUUACCUUCUCAAUGUUUUCCAAAUAAGUAACCAUCCCUAAGCAAAUAAUUAAUGGAGCAAUUAUGUCAAAAAGUUCGAUAAACCGCGACGCCAGCCAUUUAGAAAUUUUAAUAUCGGACUUUAUCAAAUAGAAUGCAAAGUGCAGCAUUUUUAAAUUGAAAACUCGGAUAAAAUCCAUUAACAUGACAAUUUCCACGACAAUCUGUUUAUGACUUUUAAUAUUUUUCCAUUUUAUCACUCUAAACCGAACCUUAAAAACAUAUCCGAUAGUCUAGUUUAAUAAAUAGUUACGGUUGUUAUUUAAUAGGUAAUAUUUUAAGAAAUUGCGAAAUAAAAAUUAUAGUUUUAUAACUUACAAAAAUAAA